AUGUCGGACCGAACGUCCGUUGAUGUGGAGACGGCACCGCGUAUCCAAAUCGCGAAGAAGUCCAUGUGGCAGUCAAUUUUUGCCAAUCCUAAAGUUCUACUAAUCGCCUUCUUUGCUUCCUUUGGUGGAUUCGAGUAUGGAUACCAGCAAGGUGUCUUGGGCCAAUCCCUGGUCAUGACCCGGUUUACUGAAAACUUCCCCACCGUCGUCGCAUCGUCUACAGCAACUGGCUGGUUAACAUCCGUUCUCCAAUUGGGAGGUAUUGCGGGUUCGUUGGCCGCCGGUAUUCUUGGAGAAAUCUACUCCCGCAAAUACACCAUGUUCUUCGCCUGCUGCUGGGUUAUUCUGGGCAGCUAUCUCUAUAUUGGCGCCACUGCCGGAAACCCAUCUCUCCUCUAUGCGGGACGGUUUUUCACUGGUCUGGGUGUCGGCUUGUUCAGUGGUGUCGGCCCACUGUACAACGCUGAGCUUGCUGCCCCCGAAAUGCGCGGCUUGCUCGUUUCAUUCUAUCAGUUCGCCACUAUUCUCGGAAUUAUGAUCUCCUUCUGGGUUGGAUACGGCAGCAACAACAUUGGUGGUGUCGGCGAGACUCAAUCCGACAUGGCAUGGCGUCUUCCCUCUAUCAUUCAAGGUAUCCCCGCCAUUUGCCUGGCAUGCGGAAUCUGGUUUAUGCCCUUCUCGCCUCGUUGGUUGGUCAAGCAGGGCCGUGAUGAAGAAGCCCAGUCUACUCUGGCAUGGAUGCGCAAGCUGCCCGUCGAGCACGAGCUGGUUCAAGUCGAGUAUUUGGAGAUCAAGGCCGAGGCCCUCUUCGAAAAGCGUGCUUUUGCCAAGUCGUCGCCCAAGCUGGCGGAGCGCGAGCGCCAAAGCGUUUUCAUGAACCAGGUUGCUCAAUAUGCCAACUGUGUUCGCUCGAUGGACAACUUCAAGCGUGUCGCUACUGCCUGGAUGGUCAUGUUCUUCCAGCAGUGGAGUGGUGUUGAUGCAAUCAUUUAUUAUGCGUCCAACGUCUUUGUCAGUCUUGGUCUAACUGGUGGUACCAUUGCUCUCCUCGCUACCGGAGUCACUGGUGUUGUUUUCAUUAUUAGCACUAUUCCCGGCAUGUUGGUCAUCGACAAGAUUGGUCGCAAGCCUAUGCUUCUUGGAGGCUCUGCUCUCAUGUUUGUCAGCAUGGUGAUUGUCGGAAUAAUCGUCGCGAAAUUCCAGCACGAUUGGCCCGGUCAUGUCGCAGCCGGUUGGAGUGCGGUUGCUCUUAUCUGGCUGUAUAUCGCAGGUUUUGGAGCCACCUGGGGUCCUGUCUCAUGGACCCUUGUCUCCGAGAUUUUCCCUCUCUCCAUUCGCGCCAAGGGUGCCUCAAUUGGCGCGUCUAGCAACUGGAUCAACAACUUCGCUAUUGCCUUCUUCGUGCCUCCCAUGCUCCAAGCUUGGCAGUGGGGUACAUACAUUUUCUUCGCCGGCUUCCUCCUGGUCGGUAUCUUCUGGGUCUAUUUCUUCCUCCCGGAGACCAAGAAUGCCAGUCUCGAGGAGAUGGAUCGCGUUUUCGGCAGCCACACUGGAGAGCAAGAUGCGGAACUUCUCCGCGAGGCUCAGAGAGAAGUUGGCCUCACGGCCUUCAUUGAGCGCCUUGGUAGUGCCACUGGGCGCGAUUUGGAGAAGAAAGAGGGCUCCCAGUAUAUUGAGAGCGACGAAAAUGUCGGUGACAAUCUUUUCAUUGUGCGUUCCUCGGGCAAAGAAGCUAACGAGCAAGCAGGCGACGAGCAAAAGCCGCGAUGUGCCAACUGCGAAGUAAAGGGCUUUACUUGCAAGUAUGGCUCUGACUUGGCAUUUGUACCCCCACGAUCAGGGGAUGCGCCAGGCGGACGACAUGUGUAUGGCGCGAUCAGUUUCGUUGAUGACUCCCCGGUUGCACAUGCUACAGUGAAAAGCAAGGAGAAGUCUCUGGAUCAAGAUACACAAGCGACCGAUUCCAGCGACGUUUCACUCACAGCUCAAGGCACACUGAAUCCAACGGGCCAGGGUCCGUUUCUUAACCCCAGUGGCAACCGUACGACAGUCGGUUUAAAUGAUAUCUUGGCAUCUAAUACACCUCCCCACAAUUCGCAGGGGCAGUCAACUUUACAGACUGUUCUUGGUCUCCCUGGCAGCCACCCCGGUGGUAGCCCCUUAAGCCUGGAGUAUCUUCGCUUAACCAGAGACUACUCGCUCUUACCACGAAGGCCAAUAAGUGUGAUCAGCAACUAUGAGACAGACCUUCUGCGCCAUUUCCGGUACUCUGUUAGUCCUUGGAUUGACGUCGGGGAUCCCUAUUGUGCAUUUGGAGUCCAAGCCCUGCUCAUUUCCAGAUCGAACCGGCCUCUCCAAGCUGCUAUUCUUGCUUUGUCUGCAAGUCAAAGACAGCUCCUCGCUCUGGGCUCCCAGAGCCAAGAUGUUGGUGGCAGUAUUCGAUUUCGCAAGGAAGCAGAAGCGAGCCUGGCUAUGGAGACUGACAUGUUGCGACGUACCGGUCAAGCCUUGUUGCUAUUACAAGAUCUCUUACCAUCCGGCGUCCAAGGGUGGAGAGAUAAGCUAGAGGCUCACAUUGAUGCUGGUGGUCUUGUGAUGCCUACUGUGCUGGAGGAGGAAAUGGGCGAAGAGCUAUUUUGGCUGCAUUUUCGCCUUGAUCUUGCAUCAUCUCUGAUGACGUCCAAAUCGCCUCUUAUUCCAUUUCGCUCAUUCCUCCAACGCGAUGGGUCGCCUAUACACACCCCUCACAAAAACUCACAAACGCCUUCCGUCCACCGAGUGUACAAUCACGCGCUAUGUCUACUUGGACAUAGCCUUGCUUUAAUAUACGGAGAUCCGUCGGAUGUGACUUCUCCACAAGCAGCUGGAUCACCAGAGCUAGCGGCUUAUCCUUCCUUGCGACAGUCACACUUUUUAUCACAGUGGACAUUCCUUUGGACAGAUUGUCAAAAGUGGUAUAAUGAGCGUCCAGUUGACGCACAGCAGAUUGUGGAUGUCCGGGGUGGAGAAGCAGAUCAACUGGACCCUGAUCAUGACACGGGCUUCCCCAUCCUCAUCUUCACAACGCCAAUGGCGCUGGUCGCCAAUACCGUUUACCACAUAACGUCACUUCUACUCUUAACGCAUAAGCCACGACUCUUGAAGUCGCUUCCUGGACCACGUUGUUUCACCUCUCACAUCUGGCAUGCCCAGUCAAUAGCUGGUAUUGCAACCAGUAAUGACUCGCCGGAGCAGUUUGACCCGAUACUUGUCGUGGGGCUACUUCUGAUUGCGCGAGAGAUGACCCAUGAGUCGCAGCAAAUCGUUUUACUUGAGGUGUUGCAGAAAAUCACAAAUACGACAGGCAUUAACCUUGAGCGUGAAAGGGAAGCGCUCCGGUCUGUAUGGAGAAUAGCGCGGUAUGACGACGGGUCUGAUGAGCAAGAUAUUUAG